AUGUGCUACCGUACUGGUAUUUUCGUAUUAUUACUGCUGCUAUUAUCCUUGGAAUCCAGGGAUUGCUCUGCUAGUAUACAAUAUGAGGUACCACACAAAAUUUCUUUUAACACCGUACAAGCAUGGGCGGUUAAACUUGGUACAGAAUUAUACCAUUUUGGUGAAUUUAUCACCAGAAAGAAAGAAGUACAAGACAGCUUCAAGUCUGCCCAAAUCGAAUCUAGAGAUGGAGAAAAGUUAGUUCAAAAUAUGGCAGACGACAUACGAGCAAUGAUGGAAUUAAAGAUUAGUGCCGUUAAACGUAUAGUAGAAGCAGCUGAAAACAUGGCAUUUGAUAAACAAAACGAACCAGUACCAGAAGAUUUUCAGUUUUAUAACAGCAAAGAAAUGGAAGAUCCCUUAGAAGAUCAAUCAAUGACAACAACACCUGAACCAGAAUUUAGCAUGGAGUAUUGGAUCAAUAGACCGCCAUCAAAAAAUGCACACCUACAGCAAAACCAUCAUUUUUCUAAUAUACCCGUUAACACUAAUUUUAGUAGUGUGCAUGUCCCAACAAAUGUUUAUACUUGGGCACCUGAUGUCAUCAAAGGUAUUCACUGGUCAGAAGGCUUAGAUACGCACUUUAUAAAUAAUUACCAAAGCGAUCCCACAUUGUCUUGGCAAUAUUUUGGUAGUUCUACAGGAUUCAUGAGACAUUAUCCAGCAAUGAAAUGGCGUGCAGACCCAGUUGAUAUUUAUGAUUGUCGUACGAGAGCAUGGUAUAUGGAAGCUGCGGCAAGUCCUAAAGAUGUCGUUAUACUAGUAGACCGUAGCGGAUCCAUGACAGGCCAAAGAAGAGAUAUAGCUAAACAUGUGGUCACUAAUAUUUUAGAUACACUUGGUAACAAUGAUUUUGUGAGCGUAAUGACUUUUGCUGAUACUGUGGAAGAAAUCGUACCUUGUUUUGAAGAUUCUCUUGUCCAAGCAACGUUAGCAAAUCUACGUGAAUUAAAAUUAGCACUAGACAAUUUCGAAACGAUGGAAAUAGCAAAUUUUUCAGCGGCUUUGACUAGGGCAUUCGAAUUACUUGAAAUUUAUAGAAACAACAGUGGAGGAGCUAACUGUAAUCAGGCUAUCAUGCUUGUUACCGAUGGUGUUCCAUACAACUACAAGGAGCUAUUUGAAAGAUACAAUUGGAAGUACGAGACCCCGGUGCGAGUGUUCACAUAUCUGAUAGGUCGCGAGGUAAAGGUGGCGGACGUCAGGGAAGUGAAAUGGAUGGCUUGUGCUAAUAGAGGAUUUUACGUACAUCUAAGUACGUUAGCAGAGGUACGGGAGAGAGUGUUGGAGCAUGUAAAUGUUCUGGCAAGACCUUUAGUCUUGCAGCGUGAAAAACAUCCCAUUGUAUGGACUCCUGUUUAUGCCAACGUAACGGAUCCUAAAGUAGCAGAUUACUUGUGGGAACAGCGAGAAAGGGCAGAGCAAAAAGAAAGAUUUAUGAGUCAACGUCGGGAUAAAGUUCUUUUUAAUUCCGAAAAAGAACAGAAUAGAAGGUGGAGGAUAACGCAGAUGAAACAGGGUCAGUAUAGUGAACUCGGAAAUUCUCAAUAUCAACUGAUGACGUCAGUAUCAAUGCCAGUUUAUGAUUUACGACACAACGAGAACAUCACAGAGAAUGUACUGAUAAAUGAAGCUUACUGGGUAUCAGUUACAAAAGAGAUGCGUAUUGCUAGAUUGCUUGGAGUCGCUGGAACUGAUGUACCUCUUUCUGAAAUUCAGGCGUUAAUGACCCCUUAUAAGGUUGGAGUAAACGGUUAUGCGUUUAUGGUAACAAAUAAUGGAUAUAUACUUAUUCAUCCAGAUUUAAGACCUGUCUUUCAACAAAUUUUAAAACCAAGUUACAACAGUGUAGACAUGAUUGAGGUGGAAUUGUUUGACGAUGACAGAUCCCCUAGAAAUUUCAGUAAAGAAUUAACAGCGUUAAGAAAAGAAAUUAUAGAUCAGAAAACUGGAAAUAAAUUGAUGAACAUUAAAUAUCAUAUGGAAGACAUGAAACGAGUAUCACGAGGCAAAAGACAUUACUUUUGGACUGGAAUAAGCGAUUCACCGUUUACAUUAGUAGUAUCUAUUCCUGAAAACUACGGUCGCCACCGAAUAACGCCACCGCCUACGGAUGAUAUUCAUCGACUCUCGUUAACGUCUAAAAAUAUAUCGGCUCGUCAAUAUUUAUCAGAUAAAUGGAGCGUUCAUCCCGAUUGGUUGUAUUGUCGUCAUUACGAGCGCACUUUUGCUUCGCCGGAAGAUGAGCUAUUGUAUUUCUUGGAGAGGGUCGCGAAGCCCGGUUGGCGUUGGCCGGCGAAGCCUCGUCCUCCGGAGCAUCACAAAAAUAAGGGACACGAGCGGCAUAACGAAGGAAUUGACGCAAGAGAAAGAAAUAAAGCUCCCAAUCUUACCCCGCGAAAUGAAUACUAUUGUGAUCAUGGAUUAAUGCAGGCUCUGGUUUACGAUGCAAGGAACACGGCGUGGUUCAACAAGAGUAUUUCUGAAUCUGCGUCUGAUGAUAAGGCGGCCGAGUUUAUACAACGAUUCGGGUACAUAGUGGCAUUCCUUGCGACACACAGUGGACUCACGCGCUGGCAAACUCAUCCUCCGAAGGACCAUGAUGACAAGGCUGAAUUUGGCAAGCAAUGGCCACGAGCAAUAGAUGAAGUGUGGUAUCGUCGAGCCGUCGAGCAACAUUACGUGGACCCCUUGAGUUUUGUAUACAGUGUCGAUCUUAGCACGGACAAAUUCCCAUUGAAUGUCUCAUCGGCGAUGGUGACAGCUGCGCAUGCUGUUUUCCAUGGAGAUGGACACAGAAAGGCACCAGCAGCAGUUGUUGGAUUCCAGUUUAAGCAUGAAAGAUUGAGCGAGUGGUUCGACAAUAUAACAUCUUCGUGUGAACAUAAUAAAGAAUGUGUCACUUGCCAAUCAUCGGAAAACUGGGAUUGUUAUUUAGUGGAUAGCAAUGGAUGGAUCGUCGUAAGCAAAGACUCCAAUCAAACUGGGCAGUUCUUUGGGAAAAUAAGACCGGAUAUUAUGAUGAGGCUUGUUGAAGAAGAUGUUUAUAAAGCUGUCCAUAUUAUCGACUAUCAAGCGGUGUGCUUCCGGGAGAAAAAAAUUACAAAUCCUGCAUCUACACUAUUAACGCCUCUUGAAAAUUUACGUCUCAUUAUGGUAUGGUUCCUCACAACCACCCUGUGGCUCUAUAACUCGAUAGCGGUUGGUUCAGCACAGGCCUCGAGUUACUCAUUCGACUACGACUUUGUUACACCCACUGUGGCCUACCAGAAUUACGAAAAUGAUGAAGACACAGACGAUCCUUCGAUGUCGAAACCACCCUCACGAAUGCUAGAAAGAGAUUUUGAGAAACUCGUACUUAUAAAUAGAACUCGACCAACUCCUUGUGACAGGGAGAUGUUUUUAUACCAAUUGGAUUAUAAGAAUCUAGAUGAAAAACUGAAUAAACCUAUGCGAGGAUGUGAAAGACCGUUUUAUGUGCAAUUAGUCAAUUACACGAACAUGUUGUUAAUAGUGGUGGACGCAAUCUGCCCUCAAAAGGAAAUGUCCUCGUUGUCAAUCGAUGCUACAGAAGUUCAAUAUAAUGAAUCGCUGCCCUGUUUGAAACAUAUGCAUCCACUUUAUAGGAAGCAGCCUAAUUCGUGCAUCCGAAAUCAUACUGAGGAAAGCAAUAUUGACAUGUGUGGACGAGGUAGUUUACCGCAUAGAAACCUGCUUUGGGUGCCUCUAGCCUUCUUUACAUUUCUUCGGUAUUUG